AUGUCCGUUCUUCGCCAUCAUGGAGGGGCCUACCUCCAGCGCCGUCUCACCAAGAUGUACACAGAUACCAAAACCUCCUGUGAGAGCGUGACGACGGCUUCCAAUGCAGUUGACGACCCUGAAUUGAUCACCCUGCAUCGGGAUUUUAAGACUCAAAGGGACAGGCUGCUGGCUUGGGGUUUGGAUUGGAGCGAUGCCAGUGCGGCCCAGCCCAACGACAUUGACGAGUCAUUGACUCAAGCUGGCUAUAGUGAUGUGGUAGCCAGCGUCAUGUCAUCGAUCCAGGAGCUUCUCAACGAGGCCGAACGUCUCCAGCAUGGCAGCGCCGCCUCCGAUUUGCCCCCCAAGGCUGGUAGUAAGGCGGAUGCGACGAAAAGCAGUCUUAGCCACCUGCCAGUCAAGUCCCAUUGGACGAGCGAGGAGAUCAGUCGCUCCAAGACCCUUCUUGCCGACCUGACGGGCUGUAUCGACACGCUCUACGAUCUUUCGCGUUCACGACGAGACAUGAACGCCAAUAUGGCAGCCGGUGGCCAGGCUGCCGCUAAAGGCCGAUCCCGGCCCGCCGCGCCUACCGACUACUCGCUUCUCGACACUAAAGCCUAUCACGGACCGUCCUUCGACAGUAAGCAGUCUUUUGACUAUUCGCCUUCGUCUGUGUUGCAAGCAAAGUUCGAUAAACCGCUUUUGGAGAAAAGUCUGUCAUCAUUGAAUAACUAUGUCAUCGAUCGUACUAAGUUGCAGUUGGCCGGUGUCUCUCAUGACAACAAUCCUCCGCCGUAUGAGCAGGUGGCCGCCUCUACUAAUUCUCGUGCCGUCGGGCGUAUGCCUACAUCAGCUUCGCCAUUCUUGCAAGGUACGAAGGACUCAUCGGUCACUAUUCUGGUCGAGUACACGCCUAUGAUGCUUGAAGCAUCCGGGCCUGGUAGUUCGCCGGAAAAGAAACGGUUGGAUCACGUACAUCAGACUCUCGAGCAGCUCGUUCAGAAUGCGCGGGUCUCUCACCUCGGCUUGAUGAAAUUCUUAGGUUAUUACGUCGACAUGCCCAAUUCUCGCUAUGCGUUCAUCUACCAGAUGCCAGUCGACUACUUCCCCUUCCUACGAAACCCCACCGACCUCCUCAAUGGGCUGAAACCGAGGACUUUGGUUUCGAUGUUCCAAGCCGGCGAUGAUUAUCAGGUGCCCAAUUUGGAAACUCGUUUCCGUUUGGCUUACGAUCUUUUGAUGGCUGUUUUGCAGCUACGGAGUCAGAAUCUCGUCCACGGAAACAUCAACAGCAGCAAUGUCCUCAUCUUUCCCGGCUUGACCACCUCGAACAGCAACGAGGUGGGACUAACCGAAAAUCUUCGUCGUCCCUACUUGACCUCAUUCUCCCACUUUUCCGGAAGUGGCCCGUCCUCCGAGCCGUUGUCCUCUAGUAUGUAUCGUCAUCCGGAUGACAAGAGGUCGACUGAUGACGACGCUGCUUGGGCAUACGAUCUCUACUCCCUGGGAUUGGUGUUGCUGGAAAUUGGGCUUUGGAACCCAAUCAGUCGCAUCUGGAAGAUGAAGUACAACAAUUCUAUCUUCAAACAGCGGAUAGAAAAUGUUUACUUGCAAAAGCUUGGACCCAAGUGCGGCAGUGCAUAUCUCCAUGUGGUCCAGCUUUGCCUUGAUGCACCGAACUUCCAUCUCUCUACUCAGCCGUUCGAUGACUUGGAGCUCCGAGUGCCCCAGACCUUCCAUUACCCAGUCCUUGAUCUAUCGGCCCCCGACAGCAUCUUCUCCUUCUCGAUGAACUUCCUCUAUACGAUGUGCAAGAUCAUGUGGUCCUGCUGCAGGGUUGAUAUGUUCUCAGCGCCUGACGCUGAAGAGCUGGACGAUUAUCUUCCGCUCGCCCUGGUACCUGGUCUAGGACCGGCUGCUGCGGAAGAGCCCGUGUGCGAGUAUAACCCAACUCCUGACAAUUUGGCAGCGUACAAGGCCUCAUUUGCGCCGUUACCUACUUCACAAUUCCGACCGAUGCGGGAUCAAUCAGCUAUGGAUGAUCGGAGAGUGCGGAAACGAACUUUCAAGAAACUGUCCAGUGUUGAGAUCCCCCAGGACCAUCUGAACAAUUGGAACUUCCAUAUGCUGCCACGACUGCGGAAGCUUUUGCAAAAGAUCCUGAAAGAAUCUACAGAGUCCUGCAGUGUCACGCUCAUGAUGACUGGCGAGUCGGCAGAAAACGCCCGGACGACAAUCUGUGUCACUUGUGCCAGCACGAAGAAAGUCCGGGCGGCCCUCAAGAAGUACUUUGUUCUCGACAGCGAUGAUUGGGACCUGAUUGUGCUACGGGGUGAUGUCCAGCGGUCCAAAGUACCUCGCAAGAAGCGUCGCAAGCCGGCAAGGACCGAUCUUGACCCUCCUGAAUCGCCUGCGUACGCUCAGCAAGACCCAAAUCCUUGCUACCAGGAGCGGCCCUUGUGCGGAGCAUCAAUAGGCGCUUUCAUGAACGAAGAGCAUCUGCCGCCUGUCACCUACGGAGGAGCAAUCAUGGUAGAUGGCAUGCCAUAUGGCAUGACUGUGCAUCAUAUGCUCGAGUCCCCCAGCGACCAAGAGGAUGAAGACGAACAAGAGGAUAGCGGCCCUCUUCGGUCCGCGGGAAACUGGCCCCGUGAGGGGACAGCGCAGCAGGGUGCGCAAUUCAUGUAUUCUUGGCGCGAGGAGAAUACAUCGGAGGUUGCGUCGGACCUCGAACUGGAGGUCUCAGAGGAUGAGGACGACGAUGAUCAAUCAGUUUCACACAGUUUAGAUGGAACCUACGACGACUUCGAUCUUUCUGAAGGCUAUUCCUCUGACGAGGAUGAUCCGAACGCCGAGGACGCGUAUGACGAUGACGAUGCCGCGUCGGUCGGAGACACGUCAGGUGUUGAACCCGGAGACGAGCCAUUACUCUUUGUUACGCAGCCAGCGAUCGAUGAUGUCGACGAAAAUUUCUUCCCGUCCCUGGAAGAUCGAGACGACGAACACUUAGCCUCACAUUCCUUUGGGUUCGUUCAUGCCUCUUCAGGCGUCCGACGCUGGACGCGCAAAGGGCUUAGACACGAGAUCGACUGGGCUUUGAUCAAGAUCAACGACGAUCGUAUAGAUGUUCGCAACGUUGUGUUUGAUCGGACAUCGCGGCAAAACCCAUACCAGCCGAGGCAUGGCGCUCCUGGUCAGCCUGAAACCAUCCACCUCAACAAUAUUGCCAGACUUGAAGAUCUUGGUGGUCUCAAGGUACACUGCUGCGGCCGAACCAGCGGCCUGCAAACGGGCCAGAUCUCCAGAGCGAUGACGCUCGUCAAAUUGCACGGGCGCCAGACCUUCUCAAUCAGCUUCUGCGUGGAUGGGAAUUUCGGAGUCCCCGGCGACUCAGGCGCGUGGGUCUUCGAAAAAAACACCGGUCGCGUAUGCGGUCACGUCCUCGCCUGGUCCGAAAAGAGCCACACUGCCUACAUCGCGCCAAUGGAGAUUCUGCUGGAGGAUAUCGCUCGGACUCUCAACGCGAAUCACAUCUCUCUCCCGGGCAACAACCGCGACGGAGCUCUGUGUUACGCUCUGCCUCAGCCAACUCCUGACCUUGACCAUUAUCAACAUCAUCAUCAGCUCGCUCACAAUGCGCGAUACAACGCUCCGCUCCCUCUCCCCGACCAGCUCCCCGUUGACAUCGGACACCUGCAUAUCGACCAUCAAGGUCACCCGCCUGGAAGAGGUCCUGUCAACACUAGCCGCGGUCUCCGUGAAGCAGCGGCAGCAGCUUCACGCCCUUACGGAGGGAUGUCUCCUCCAAUUCUAUCUCCGCCCAGGAGUUUGGAGAGACAACUCGCCUAA